AUGUUUCACAUCCACUCCCGCGCUCGCCAGAAAAAUGAUUUCCUGUCGCCAAAGGAUAUUGCCAACCGCAUCAAGGCCAAGGGCCUCCAAAAGCUGCGGUGGUACUGCCAGCUGUGCCAGAAGCAGUGCCGCGACGAGAACGGCUUCAAGUGCCACCAGAUGAGCGAGGGCCACCGCAGGCAGAUGGAGGUCUUCGGGCAGAGCGCGGAGCGCGUCGUGGGCGGCUACACAGAGGAGUUUGAGAAGUCCUUCCUGGACCACAUGCGGCGCGCGCACCCCCACUCGCGGAUCGCAGCCCAUGUGGUGUACAACGAAUACAUCCAGGACAAGCACCACAUCCAUAUGAACGCAACAAAGUGGCUUACCCUAACAGACUUUGUGAAGCACCUGGGGCGCGAGGGGUUCUGCAGGGUGGAGGAGACGCCCAAGGGCUGGUUUAUCUCGCUCAUACAGGAGGACCCAGCCGACAAGCUGGCUGGGGAGAAGCGCGCCAAGCUUGCGCGGCGAGAGGAGGAGGACGAGGAGCGGCAGGCGCGGCUGCUGGCUGAGCAGGUGGAGCGCGCGCGGCGGGCGGCAGGGGACGACGACGCGCCGGCGGAGGGCACGGAGCUGCAGCGGGACGAGAACGGGGAACCCUUGAAGCUUGCGCUGGCGCCCGCGCCGCAGGCCGCAGCCGCCGCGACGGGCGGCGGCGCGGCGGGGGCGCGGCCGGCGCGGCCGGCCGUGCCGCUGUUCGGCGGCGACGAGGACGAUGCGCAGCAGGCGGCUGCGGCGGCGGCGGCCGGCAAGAAGCGCUCAAAGUUGGAGGAGCUGAUGCAUCGGGACCUGGAGGCCAAAAAGCGGCGGCUCGACGGCGGCGCCGCCAACGGCGCGGCGGCGAUUGCAGCGGCAGCGGCGGCGGGGGGCGGGCCGGAGCCCGCGAGCAGCAGCGGGCGGGGGCGCGUGGACCACUGGCUGGCUGAGGGCUUGGUGGUCAAGGUGAUGAGCAAGGCGCUGAAGGAGCACGGCUACUACAAGCAGAAGGGCGUGGUGGAGAAGGUUGUCGACCGCUAUAUAGGGGAGAUCUCCAUGAUCGGCAGCGGCGACGUGGUGCGCGUCGACCAGGCGGAGCUGGAGACCGUCAUACCCUCCGCGGGCGGCCGCGUGCGCGUCGUCAACGGCGCCUACCGCGGCAGCAGGGGGGAGCUGCUCGAGAUCGACACCGGCAAAUUCGCGGCGCUUGUGCGGCUGUCCAAGGCGCCGCACGAGGGGCGGGAGGUGUGGUUUGAGUACGAGGACAUCUGCAAGAUGGAGUGA